AUGUGUCGUCGACCCUCGAGCGGGUCAAGGUCCUCUCCUGGCAAUAUCCUGUGCGACAAAUUCGCCACCUCUACGCUAUACGGCUACACUCCGCCUCCUGCGCUCCAUUGGGUUUACCGCAGCGAGAGGAUUCUACAGGAGCUCCACGAGAGGGAUGCGGAUAUCUUGUGCCUGCAAGAAAUCGCGACCGAUGUCUUCCGCGACUUCUUCAGUCCGGAACUGGCGCAGGACGGCUAUAAGGGGGUGCACUGGCCGAGGCCUAAGGCCAAGACGAUGGCUGAGAAGGACGCCCAAGCCGUCGACGGUUGCGCCGUCUUCUACAAAUCCAGCAAGUGGAUCCUGCUCGACAAGCAACUCCUCGACUACGCCAACAUUGCCAUCAAUCGUCCAGACAUGAAGAACCAGCACGACAUCUUCAACCGGACAGCCAUCAUGAUGGAAAACAUUACGAGACUCGCCGAGAAAUACUCGAGGUGGCCUGCUCUCAAGGACAAGAAAAUGAUCCAGCUGCCGCUCGAAAGAAGGGGGAGCAGCGCGCCGACGUGCCCGAACCCGGGCCGUCACAAGAAUACCGCAACAACACCGACAUUCCACUGGUCGUCUGCGGGUGACUAUAACUCCACAUACGACAGCAGCGUGUACGAACUGCUCUCCAUGGGCCGCGUCGCCCCGAACCACAGCGACUUUGGCGACCAUCAGUACGGCAGCUUCACGCGCGACGGCAUCGAGCACCCCUUCAGCAUGCGCUCCGCCUACGUCCACCUAAAGGGCACUCCCGAGGACCUGCCCUUCACCAACUACGUCCCCGGCUUCGCCGAGGUGAUCGAUUACAUUUGGUACUCGACUAACACGCUCGAAGUCGUCAGCUUGCUCGGACCUCCGGACCGCGACCACCUCAAGCGCGUCCCCGGGUUCCCGAAUUACCACUUCCCCGCGGACCAUAUCCAGAUCAUGGCUGAGCUCGUCAUCAAGGCGAGGAAGGACAAGAAGAUGGUUCAGGAACCUGAUUUUGGCUCAGGGAGCGGUGAUCGGAGGGGCUGA